CAGGGCUUCAUUCUCCCACUCCAGCGUUCUGCCUUUCCUCCAUGGCUGUCGUCUCUCGGGUCGCCCUUCAGCUUGUCACAUAGCUGAAUCUCUGCAAUCCUGCCACUCGGUGGUAGUACCUACCACGCAAUGUCCUCCACUAAUCUUGUAUGCUGCUUGGCGUGUUGACUACCCGUGUGAAGCUGGGGUUUUUUAACACUGCACAGAUGUCUCGUACUCCCUCAACUGCCACGCCAACAUGGCACCAGUUCGAGCGGAAGGUCGACGAGGUGAAGCCGUCCAAAACUGAUAUCAAUUACCUGGUUAUGGACUACCUCAUCACCAACGGCUACCCUGCUGCUGCGAGUAAAUUCGCUGUCGAGGCCAACAUCCAACUGCGGACCGAUCUGGAGUCGAUCCAGGUACGAGUUGAGAUUCGGACCUUCAUCCACUCGGGGAAUAUCCAGGCAGCCAUUGAAAAGAUCAACGAACUGAAUCCUCAGAUCUUGGAUGAAAACCCCGCGUUGCAUUUCGCGCUCCUGCGCCUGCAACUAAUAGAAUUAAUCCGCACCUGCACUUCCACUCCAGACGGCGACAUCAGUCCCGCCCUGGAAUUCGCGACUGCGCAGCUCGCACCCCGGGCUCCAACCAACCCCCAGUUCCUCGAGGACUUGGAGCGGACGCUUGCUCUACUGAUCUUUCCCAGCGACAAUCUGACCCCCUCCCUCGCCAGCCUCCUAGACCCUAGCCUCCGUAAAGACAUCGCACAGCGUGUCAAUGAGGCCAUCCUCCAGAACCAGGGCGCUCGUAAAGAAGCGCGCCUGCGAAAUCUCGUUAAGCUUCGUGCUUUCGCCGAACACAAGGCCCGAGACGCCAAGAAGGAUAUCCCGGAUAAGCUGGACAUCGGCCUGCUCGGCGACAACAAUGAUAACACCCAGUCCCGUAACAACAGUAAUAAUGCGGCCAACAAUGGAAACAGCCAAAAUGGUUCCGGCGAUACCGUGAUGGCCAAUAACGGCGAUGUCGAUACCAUGGUAGCUUGAGGACUGCACCGCAGAAUUUUCCCUGACCGGCGCUGCGGAGCUGCGUCUUUUUCCCGGCUCCUCUGUGGUUUUUUUUUCUCUGGUUUCUUUUAGCGAGGCGCUUCUGGGGCUGGUUGGCGUUUGGGCAACCCACUCGGGUUGGAUACCUCCGGAUCGAGGUCAAUACAAAUACAUUUCAUGUUUCACAACACACCAUUGUCUGUAUUUCAAUGGAAAUAAAUCCACCUUGUCUACUUCCAAA